AUGGCCCAUAGGCAGGAAGCACUGACACCAAGGUCCUGCCAGUGUGUCCACCAGACGCUCCCUCACAGCUCUGGCUCAGAUUCUCCUUACACAUUAGGUAUCUGCCCCGUGACUCAGCCUGCUGUCCUUCCUUCCCUCCCCCAGGGCCUGAGCAGCAGCCUGCCAAACCAUAAUCAACAGGAGCCCUGCAAUCCUCAGGAGCAAUGGCGACAUCUUUCCAGUGAAACCUGCCGGGUUGAAAGGAUUGUUGACAAAAGGAAAAAUAAAAAAGGGAAGACAGAAUACCUGGUUCGGUGGAAAGGCUAUGACAGUGAGGAUGACACCUGGGAACCAGAGCAGCACCUUGUGAACUGUGAGGAGUACAUCCACGAUUUUAACAGACGCCACACUGAAAAGCAGAAAGAAAGCACACUACCCAGAACAAACAGGACCUCUCCAAACAAUGCCAGGAAACAGAUCUCCAGAUCCACCAACAGCAACUUUUCCAAGACCUCUCCUAAGUCACUAGUGAUUGGCAAAGACCACGAGUCCAAAAACAGUCAGCUGUUUGCUGCCAGCCAGAAGUUCAGGAGAAACACAGCUCCAUCUCUCUCAAACCGGAAGAAUAUGGACCUGGCAAAAUCAGGUAUAAAGAUACUUGUGCCUAAGAGCCCCAUUAAGAGCAGGACCGCAGUGGACGGCUUUCAGAAUGAGAGCCCUGAGAAACUGGACCCCGUCGAACAGGGUCAGGAGGACACAGUAGCACCAGAAGUGGCCGCCGAAAAGCCAGUCGGAGCUUUACUGGGCCCUGGUGCAGAGCGAGCUAGAAUGGGGAGCAGGCCACGAAUACAUCCAUUAGUGCCUCAGGUAUCUGGCCCUGUGACUGCGGCCAUGGCCACGGGAUUAGCUGUUAACGGAAAAGGUACAUCUCCAUUUAUGGACGCGCUAACAGCCAAUGGAACAACCAACAUACAGACAUCUGUUACAGGAGUGACAGCCGGGAAAAGGAAAUUUAUUGACGACAGAAGAGACCAGCCUUUUGACAAGCGGUUGCGUUUCAGUGUGAGGCAAACAGAAAGUGCCUACAGAUACAGAGAUAUUGUCGUCAGGAAGCAGGAUGGCUUCACCCACAUCUUGUUGUCAACAAAAUCAUCAGAGAAUAACUCACUAAACCCAGAGGUAAUGAAAGAAGUCCAGAGUGCCCUGAGCACAGCUGCUGCCGACGAUAGCAAGCUUGUGCUGCUCAGCGCGGUGGGCAGCGUCUUCUGCUGCGGUCUCGACUUUAUUUAUUUUAUACGGCGUUUAACAGAUGACAGAAAAAGAGAAAGCACUAAAAUGGCGGAAGCUAUCAGAAACUUCGUGAAUACUUUCAUUCAGUUUAAGAAGCCUAUUAUUGUAGCAGUAAAUGGCCCAGCCAUUGGACUAGGAGCCUCCAUAUUGCCUCUUUGUGAUGUGGUUUGGGCCAACGAAAAGGCUUGGUUUCAAACACCCUAUACUACCUUCGGACAGAGUCCAGAUGGCUGUUCCACCGUUAUGUUUCCCAAGAUUAUGGGAGGAGCAUCUGCAAAUGAAAUGUUGCUCAGUGGACGGAAGUUGACGGCACAGGAGGCUUGCGGCAAAGGCCUGGUCUCCCAGGUGUUUUGGCCCGGGACCUUCACCCAAGAAGUUAUGGUUCGCAUCAAGGAGCUUGCCUCCUGUAAUCCAGUUGUGCUGGAAGAGUCCAAAGCCCUUGUGCGCUGUAACAUGAAGGUGGAGCUGGAGCAGGCCAACGAGAGGGAGUGUGAAGUGCUGAAGAAAAUCUGGGGCUCGGCUCAAGGGAUGGACUCCAUGCUGAAGUACCUGCAGAGGAAGAUCGAUGAGUUCUGA